CACCUCGCGUUCUUCUCCGUCUCUUGUCCUCUUGGGUCCUAUCAAAAAUGUCGACAUUGCCGACGGAAAAAAAUUCCGAGAUCGACUCCUCCUCACCUCCAGCGCACAAAAAGGUCAAAAUGACUUCUUCAAAUGGCCAUGAAGUGGUGUACAGGCAGACCUCGACGUGUCGCGUCGUCAAUCUUAAACGACGAGCAAAACUAUCGAUGCUUCCUACUCUGCCUCUGGACAUCUUAUUUGAGAUAUUCGGUCAUCUUAAUCCAUUAGAUUUGCUCCAUCUGACACGGACGACGAAGGAGUUUCGGCGCGUCCUCACCCACAGAUCAUCGACGACUGUCUGGAAAUCUUCGUUGGCCAAUGUUCCCGGAUUACCACCAUGCCCAGAGGACAUGUCCCACCCUGCCUGGUCUAGCCUAGUCUUUGACCACUUUUGCCAUGAAUGUUUUGCGUCGAAUAUUCGCAACAUCGACUGGUGCAUACGUGUCCGGUUAUGCUCAAAGUGCGCUAAAACCUGUCUAUUGUCCGAAUCUGGAUUUGAUGAGAGUAACAAGAGCGACAAGAUCAUCCUUCGUUCUGUCCCAUUCCAUAGCUGGCCUGGCCGUCAUCCGAAAGAAAAAUUCUGCUUCGUCAAAGAAAAGGACGGUUUCGUGAAGGCCUUCAACGCCUGUCAAGGGAAAGACUCAAGGAAGGAAUUUUUGGCGAAGAGAAAAGCGGGCAUAAAGGCUCGUAAAGACCAUGCGAAAAAAUGUGCACAGUGGGCUGAUUCCGUGAGCGAAAGCCGUAGCAAAGAGCUCGAGGACAUUCGAAAACAGAGGAGCCAAGCUAUCGAGAGUAGACUGACGUCUCUGGGGCAUGGCCAAGAGAUUGCAUAUCUCAAGGAUCUCGAAAAAACCGGUUCGUUGUCUGAACGGAGAGGACUGAUUCUUUUCUCCGACCAGUGGGAGGUGAAGCAGUCCAAACCUCUCACUGACAAAAACUGGAACUUUAUCGAAGGCACUAUGCUAGAAUACAUGCAGGACGUCAAGACGCACCGCCUCAAGAAAGAACGGAACGAACUCCUCAGCGCGCGCCGGUCCCUCAUUGCAGAUGAAUGGCGUUCAUGUCGCUCUCCGUCAAACGAGUUCCAACCAAGCCUACUGGACGUAUGGCUAUGGAAGGAAAUGAAAUACUUCAUCGACCUCCCGCCGAGCGUCACCGUAACUACAGAAAUGGUCAGGGAUGCUAUGACGUCGCGCCUUCCUGCCUUCAUUACUUCGUGGCGUGACGAGCGGUUGCUAGAGAUGUCAUGUACGAUGGGUUGAGAAGUCCGCGGGGGAAAUAUGAGUCACCUGCAUCAGGCGACGUGCGUUCUUGUGUGUACGAAAUCG